CACUCAAAUUCCAGAAAUAAUGAUCAGAUUUGGCAAAAUAACAAACGUGCAUAUAAUAUCAUUUGGAGUUUAGAGAAUAUAAACACCUGAGUGACGUAAAUUUUGCGGGAUUCAAGACAGAAGGCGCGAAGUUUCCAUGCUUGUGGAGUUUACAUUGCUGUCACACUUUGUUGAAUUUCCUUCGCCAUGACUGACGUUGCUGCAAGCUCAUCUGCUGUACCAGAAAUUCCUAACCAGGAUCCAACAGAUAUGCUUGCAAAGGGCCGAAGGGAUCUUCUUUGUGGAGAGAUCCCUGCUGCUGUCAACUGUCUUCAAGAGGCCUGUCGCUUACUUGCUGAAAAACAUGGUGAAACAUCUAAUGAGUGUGGAGAUGCCUAUUUCUACUAUGGCAAAGCUCUUUUAGAUCUGGCCAGAAUGGAAAAUGGCGUUCUGGGAAAUGCACUGCAAGGAGUGCCUGAAGAGGAUGAGGAAGAAGAAGAGAAAGAAAAAGAAGCAAACACAGAUGAAAAUUUUGGAAAGCCAGAAGAAAUAGAUAGUGAAGAAAAAGAAAAGAUAGCAACAGGAGUAAAGGAAGCCAUGGCAUUGUUGGAUGUAGAGAAAGAACAAGCAGAAAAGAAGACUGAUGGAACUGUUGAAGAGAAGCAGAAAAAUGAUGAUACAAGCAAGGAAGUCAAAGAUACAGAGGAUGUUGAAAUGAACAGCACUGAUGAUAAUAAAGAAGGUAUUGCAGAAGAGAAGGGAAAGGGUAUAACAGAGGAGAAAAAAGAAGAUACGACUGAAGAGAAUAAAGAAGCUACAGCAGAAGAGAAAAAAGAUGGUCCAGCAGAAGAGAAAAAAGAUGGUACAACAGAAGGGGAGAAAAGUGCAGAGGAAGAAAAAAAGGAAGAUGCACUAGCUGCAGAAGAACAGAGUGACAAGGAAAAUGAAGAACCAGUCAAGAAAGAGAAAAAGGAAGAAGAAAAGGAAUCUGGACAGGUAGAAAAGGAAAAAGAUACGGAAACGAUAACCCAGGAGGAGAAGUCUGCAGAUAAGGAAACAGAAGAAGAAAUGGAAACAGACAAAGCAGACAGCAAUGAAGGAGAGGAACAGGUAGAGGAGGAAGGUGAGGAUGAAGAGGAAGGAGAUGUUGAGGAUGGGGCAGAAGAAAACAAAGAUGAGGAAGACCCUGAUGACAUACCUAACCUUCAGCUGUCUUGGGAAAUGUUGGAACUGGCCAAGGUCAUAUAUGAGAAGCAAGAAAGCAAAGAAAUGAAAUUGAAGGCAGCACAAGCACAUUUGGCCUUGGGUGAAGUGGCUCUAGAAACUGAACAGUAUGAGAGUGCAAUCGAAGACUUUACAAAAUGCCUGAAUAUACAGAAGGAAAACUUGGAUCCCAUGGAUAGAUUGAUUGCAGAGACACAAUACCAACUUGGCUUGGCUUUCUCUUUCAACAAGCAGUUUGAUGAAUCACUAAAACAUUAUAAAGAUGCCAAACAAGUCUUAGAGAAUAGAAUCGCAAUGUUAACCAAGAAGGUAGAGGAGGCUGAAGCACAGGACAAAGGGAAAGCAAUUCCAACAGGGGAUGAUCCUAUAGUCGCAGCACGCAAGGAACUUGGUGAUCUAAAGGAAAUCAUUCCUGACAUUGAAACAAAGAUGGAAGAUGUCCUGGAAGAGAGGAGAAACCUUGAUAUGAUCAAAGAUAUGGCCAAGGCAGCAACUGGAUUUGAGAAACCUGCUUUUGAUGCACCCAGUAAUGCUGAACCAGCUCAGUCGAUUGCAGUGAAAAAAGCCACAGAAAUUAGUGUUAGAAAAAAGAGGAAGCCUGAUGAAGAGGAAGCUGGUGGUGAUGCAGAAAAUAAGAAGCCAAAAGUCAAUGGACAUGCCAUUAAUGGGAAUGCUGAAGAAAAGAUUGCUGACAGUACAACCUCAGAAAAUGCUGCCAAACCAACCGAGACUGCUGUUUAAAUUGUAGAAAUUCUUGUUGAACACAUCAUUAUUGAAGGGAACAGAUCUGAGUUUGGUGCUAAUGCAAGAAACAAAAAAGUGCUGCAUGUUCUGAUCACUUGAAAGGCUUCAUUAUCUGUUGUAAAUAUUCAAUCAUGUCUUGAUAAAUCAUGAAACUAACUGCUGCAUACACUGAAUGCUGUGAACCCUGGAAAAGAGCAAUAAAGACGCAUUCAUUUGUACAUAAAAAAAAUUAGUCUGUAUAUAUAAAUGCCAAAAGUCAACUAUGUCUUGAAUCUAGAAAUUGUUAGUCAUUUACUUUUGUUCUGUGGAAAUUAUAUUCAUGUUUCAAAUACAUUAAUGCUUUCUA